GGGAAGGGGCGGGGCCUGCUGGGUGAUGGCCGCGGGUGUCGCCACCGCCGCCUCAGCAGGAACAACCGAAGUCGCCGCCGCGGUCGCCUGCGUCGCCGACAGUCCGCGAUCUGGUUCGGCCGCGGCCCGCAACCAUGGAGGACUUCAUCGUGAUCUCGGACGACAGCGGCUCCGAGAGCUCCGCGGGGACCCGCUCGGGCCGGGCGCGGAGGCUCCGCCGGGCCCUGUCCCGGACCGCCGGCGCCCUUCCCCGCCGGACCGUGGUAUUGUUCCAACAUCAUUUAUUGAAUUAUCUAUCCUUUUUACCGAGUGGUUUGAAAUAUUACCUUUAUCAAAUGGACUUCAUUGACUUAACUGGAGAAGCCAGACCAAGGACAAAGGAUCGCAAUGGACUCUGUGUGAUUGACCUGACAAGAACUGAGGACGAAAAUAGCCCUAUUGCCACUCUUGACUUGACUCUAGAAUCUGUUGCUCCUUCCCAGAAGGAGCCAACGAGUCCUCAGACAUGUGCCAGCCUCUCCAGCAAAGAGGUGAUGGACAGAAGCUCUCAGCCUGCAGCACAGAGAAUCAUUAACAGCGAUCCUGUGGAUUUGGACCUUUUGGAAGAAAACAUGUUUGAGGGUCCCCAACUCCCAGUGUCCAUCAGUGGAGAUUCUGUUCAUCCAGCAGAGCCAAAUUGCAGCUCAACCACAUUCAAAGGUGACCUUGGUUUCUUGGCAAGCCUACAGCUGUCUUCAGACAUUCACUCCUUCUCCCCAACAAGCAAUAAUGGUAGCAGCAGCAGUCAGAGAGCACCCUUGCCAUGCACACAGCAAGAUGUACCUUGCCCACCACUAGCCCUGCCAUGCCUACUGCAAGCCUUGCCAUGCCCACCACAAGCCUUAUCAUGUCCACCACGAGCCUCCUCAUGCCCGCCACGAGCCUUGUCAUGCCCAUCACAAACCAUGCAGUGCCAACUACAAGCUCUGUCUCACUUGCCUCAAGAAGUGCCAUACCCUCCUCAAGAUGUGCCAUAUUCUCAGAAUGUGCCAUGCCCCCAGCAGAAUAUGCCAAACUCACCUCAAGACUCAUCAUGGCAUCCUCAAUACUCAUUAAGUUCACCUCAAGACUUACUCUGCCCACCUCAAGAUAUCCUAGGUCCAUCUCAAAACAUAGCAUAUCCACAAGAUGUAGCGUACCUGCAAGACAUGCCACGGUCACUGGAAGAUGUGCCACCAGCAGACCUGCCACAGUCACUGGGAGGCAGGCCACACUCACCAGGAGACGCUCCACAGUCACCAGGAAGUGUGCCACAUUCACCUGGAGAAGCUCCCCACUUACCAGAUGUGCUAUGUUCACUUGGAGACAUACCACACUUGCCAAGAGACUCACCACAGUCACCUGGAGACUUGCCUCAGUUACCACAUGACAGGCCUGACUCUCCCCAAAAUGAUGUAAAGAACUGUGACACUCCUAUGGAUUUCUCAGCUCCAUCUUCUCCAAUGUCCCCUCCCAGCCCACAGUCUCCACAGUCUGAAACUUCCUUAGAGAGAGUUCCUUGGCUCUCUGUCACAGAAACUCCAGCCAGAAAAGAGAUAUCACUGCCAGACCCUGCCAACCCAGGGCCUGCCCAGGUACAAGCACAACCACCACAAGGUGGGUUGUACAACAGACCGUGCCUGCAUAGACUGAAGUAUUUCUUACGACCUCCAGUGCAUCACCUUUUCUUCCAGACACUAAUACCAGACAAAGAAACAAGAGAGUGCAAGGGUCAAAAAUUAGAACCCAUCCCUCAUCGAAGACUAAGAAUGGUAGCAAACACCAUUGAAGAAAAUUUUCCCCUGGGGACUGUGCAAUUUCUGAUGGACUUUGUGUCACCCCAGCAUUACCCACCCAAAGAGAUUGUGGCUCACAUCAUCCAGAAAAUCCUGCUCAGUGGCUCUGAGACCGUGGAUGUCCUAAAGGAGGCCUACAUGCUUCUCAUGAAAAUUCAACAGCUGCAUCCAGCUAACGCCAAGACAGUAGAGUGGGACUGGAAGCUGCUCGCUUAUGUCAUGGAGGAAGAGGGACAAAAUCUGCCUGGACGAGCCUUUUUUCUUCGUUACGUAGUACAGACUCUGGAAGACGACUUCCAGCAGAUCCUGAGGAAGCAACGACAGCACCUGCAGCAAUCCAUUGCGAGCGCUGUGCUGUCCUGUGACAAGCAGCCCCACAACGUCAGGGAUGUUAUAAAGUGGUUGGUCAGAGUAGUAACUGAAGAUGGAUUAACACAGUCCCCAAAUGGGAGUCAGACCUCUUCAAGAACAGGAAUCUUGAAGACCAGCAGUAACCUCCCUUCUCCCCAGCCUAACCUGACAAAGAGCACCAAUCAGCUGGUUGUGUGCCAACUGCAGAGGAUGCUGUCCAUAGCCGUGGAAGUGGACAGGACCCCCACCUGCAGCUCCAAUAAAAUUGCUGAGAUGAUGUUUGGGUUUGUGCUGGACAUUCCUGAGAGGAGUCAAAGAGAAAUGUUCUUUACUACCAUGGAAAGCCACCUUCUGCGCUGCAAAGUGUUGGAAAUCAUAUUCCUCCACAGCUGCGAGACACCCACUCGCCUGCCCUUGUCUCUGGCACAGGCACUCUACUUUCUGAACAAUUCCACAUCGCUGCUCAAGUGUCAGUCAGAUAAAACCCAUUGGCAGACAUGGGAUGAACUGGUUGAGCAUCUGCAGUUUCUGUUAUCCAGUUACCAACAUGUUUUAAGAGAAACUGCUCAUCAGCCUCAGCUUUUCCAGGAAGAACCGCUCUGUAUGUAGGUAUAGAUCCAGUGUGUACACGGGAGAGGGUGAGUUCAGGUUCCUCCCAUGCCACCAUCUCGGACCAAGUCCAAAACUGUUUCUUUUAAACAGAAUUACUACAAACCAAAACCACAGCAAAGUGUAAAUAAAGCUCAGGAUUUCUUUGCAAUACUUUUCCUAACUAGACUAAAUCUCCCUGAAGAUGUUAAAAAGUGAAUGAAUGUCUUUCAAGUUGUUAUAUUAAUUUGAAAGAUAUGCUCAAUGUUUAAUAUACAUUCAUUGUUUAAAUCAAAAAAGGGUAAAAACUAAAAUGGAAUACAAAUUUUUUAAUGUGUAAAAUUUCUUGAGGACCAGUGAAAAUCAGUAACAAAGGACCUUUUGGGAAUGAAGUUGGCACUGGUACUUACAUGACUUUUGACCUGUAUCCCAUAACCUGUGAACAAGAUUUUGCCCAGACUCUAAUAGAAUUGCAUGUAAUCUUCUUAAAAUCAUGAAGGAAUAAAACACAGAACAGUUGAACUGACAUUUUCCCUCUUACAGAGCACUUACGGAGUUCAGUGAUCGAUCGCAAAGACUUAAUCAUCAAAAGGAUUAAGCCCAAGCCCCAGCAAGGAGAUGACAUCACAGUGAUGGACGUGGAGCAGCAGAUUGAGGCCUUUCGCAGCCGCCUGAUCCAGAUGCUGGGGGAGCCGCUCGUCCCACAACUCCGAGACAAAGUGCACUUGUUGAAGCUCCUGCUCUUCUACGCUGCAGACUU